GCAGCCGCUUCCCACCCUCCUUCUCCCCCUGCUGGCCAAGCGCGCCGCGGGCGGGCUCUGGGGCCCACCGCCCACCCCCACCGCCCACCCUGCGCCCCGGUUUCUCCCGCUGGCCACUCUCCCCCGCAACUUUCCGUGCUUUGUUCUACGACUGGAAAUGAUUUACGGAAGCGUUUUGGACAGGGUCUCCGCCAGGCGGCAAGAGCCCAGCGCUGAGAUGUGUUACGUUCUCAUCUACCCAUCAAUUAUGGAUGGAAACAAAUAAGGAAGAGUCAAUUUUGCAUGAGCCCCUUCUCCUGCGGCGAGAGGCGUCCUGCAGCCGGGAGGGAGCCGCCGCUCGCGUCGGCAGCCGCUGGCUGGGGGAUGGUGAGGAGGAAGGCAGCUAAGUGGGAUUUCUGAGGAGGGGCUGCUCUGACUUCAUCUUGGCCCACCAUGAGGUUCUUCCUGCUUUGUGCCUACAUGCUGCUCCUGAUGAUUCCCCAGCUGAGGGCAGUCAGCUUUCCUGAAGAUGAUGAACCCCUCAAUACAGUUGAUUAUCACUAUUCAAGGCAAUAUCCGGCUUUUAGAGGACGCCCUUCAGGCAAUGAAUCCCAGCACAGGCUGGACUUUCAGCUGAUGUUGAAAAUUCGAGACACACUUUAUAUUGCUGGCAGGGAUCAAGUUUAUACAGUAAACUUGAAUGAAAUCCCCAAAACAGAAGUAAUACCGAGCAAGAAACUGACAUGGCGGUCAAGACAACAGGACCGAGAAAACUGUGCUAUGAAAGGCAAACAUAAAGAUGAAUGCCACAACUUUAUUAAAGUUUUUGUUCCAAGAAACGAUGAGAUGGUUUUUGUAUGUGGUACCAAUGCAUUUAAUCCCAUGUGUAGAUACUAUAGGUUGAAUACCUUAGAGUAUGACGGGGAGGAAAUUAGUGGCCUGGCAAGAUGCCCAUUUGAUGCCAGACAAACCAAUGUUGCCCUUUUUGCUGAUGGGAAGCUAUAUUCUGCCACAGUGGCUGACUUCUUGGCCAGCGAUGCUGUUAUUUAUCGAAGCAUGGGUGAUGGAUCUGCCCUUCGUACAAUAAAAUAUGAUUCCAAAUGGAUAAAAGAGCCACAUUUUCUUCAUGCCAUAGAAUAUGGAAACUUUGUCUAUUUCUUCUUUCGAGAAAUUGCUGUAGAACAUAAUAAUUUAGGCAAGGCUGUGUAUUCCCGUGUGGCCCGCAUCUGUAAAAAUGACAUGGGUGGCUCCCAGCGGGUCCUGGAGAAACACUGGACUUCAUUUCUGAAGGCUCGGCUUAACUGCUCUGUCCCCGGAGAUUCGUUUUUCUACUUUGAUGUUCUGCAGUCUAUUACAGACAUCAUACAAAUCAAUGGCAUCCCCACUGUGGUCGGGGUGUUCACCACACAGCUCAACAGCAUUCCUGGGUCUGCAGUGUGUGCAUUUAGCAUGGAUGACAUUGAAAAAGUAUUCAAAGGACGGUUUAAAGAACAGAAAACCCCAGAUUCUGUGUGGACAGCAGUCCCCGAAGACAAAGUACCGAAGCCAAGGCCUGGCUGUUGUGCAAAGCACGGCCUUGCCGAAGCUUAUAAAACCUCCAUCGAUUUCCCUGAUGAAACUCUGUCGUUCAUCAAAUCCCACCCGCUAAUGGACUCUGCCGUCCCACCCAUUGCCGACGAGCCCUGGUUCACAAAGACCCGGAUUAGGUACAGACUGACGGCCAUCGCCGUCGACCACACUGCUGGGCCCCACCAGAACUACACAGUCAUCUUUGUUGGCUCUGAAGCUGGCGUGGUGCUUAAAGUUUUGGCAAAGACCAGUCCUUUCUCUUUGAAUGACAGUGUAUUGCUGGAAGAGAUUGAAGCAUACAACCAUGCAAAGUGUAAUGCUGAGAAUGAGGAGGACAGAAAGGUCAUCUCAUUACAAUUGGAUAAAGACCAUCACGCUGUGUACGUGGCGUUCUCCAGCUGCGUUAUUCGCCUUCCCCUCAGUCGCUGUGAGCGUUACGGAUCCUGUAAAAAGUCUUGUGUUGCAUCUCGGGACCCGUACUGUGGCUGGUUAAGCCAGGGCACCUGUGGCAGAGUGACCCCAGGGAUGCUCGCGGGAGGAUACGAACAAGACGCAGAAUACGGCAACACGGCCCACCUAGGGGACUGCCAUGAAAUUUUGCCUACUUCAACUACACCAGAUUACAAAAUAUUUGGCGGUCCAACAUCUGACAUGGAGGUAUCUUCAUCAUCUGUUACCACAAUGGCAAGUAUCCCAGAAAUUACACCUAAAGUGAUUGAUACCUGGAGACCUAAACUGACGAGCUCCCGGAAAUUUGUAGUUCAAGAUGACCCAAACACUUCUGAUUUUACUGAUCCUUUAUCAGGUAUCCCAAAGGGUGUACGAUGGGAGGUCCAGUCAGGAGAGUCCAACCAGAUGGUCCACAUGAAUGUCCUCAUCACCUGUGUCUUUGCCGCUUUUGUUUUGGGUGCAUUCAUUGCAGGUGUGGCAGUAUACUGCUAUCGUGACCUGUUUGUUCGGAAAAACAGAAAGAUUCAUAAAGAUGCAGAAUCUGCCCAGUCAUGCACAGACUCCAGUGGAAGUUUUGCCAAACUGAAUGGUCUCUUUGACAGCCCGGUCAAGGAAUAUCAACAGAAUAUCGAUUCUCCCAAAUUGUACAGUAACCUGCUGACCAGUCGGAAAGAGUUGCCUCCCAGUGGAGAUACUAAAUCCAUGGUGAUGGACCAUCGGGGCCAACCUCCCGAACUGGCUGCUCUCCCCACACCUGAGUCUACACCUGUGCUUCACCAGAAGACCCUGCAGGCCAUGAAGAGCCACUCAGACAAGGCCCAUGGCCAUGGGGCUUCAAGGAAAGAAACCCCACAGUUUUUCCCUUCUAGUCCACCACCCCAUUCCCCAUUAAGUCACGGGCAUAUCCCCAGUGCCAUUGUUCUUCCUAAUGCUACUCAUGACUACAACACGUCUUUCUCAAACUCCAAUGCUCACAAAGCUGAAAAGAAGCUUCAAAACAUUGACCACCCACUUACAAAGUCAUCCAGUAAAAGAGAUCACCGGCGUUCUGUGGAUUCCAGAAAUACCCUCAAUGAUCUCCUGAAGCAUCUAAAUGACCCAAACAGCAACCCCAAAGCCAUCAUGGGAGAUAUCCAGAUGGCCCACCAGACCCUAAUGCUGGAUCCUGUGGGACCUAUGUCUGAGGUCCCACCCAAGGUCCCUAACCGGGAGGCAUCACUAUACUCUCCUCCUUCAACUCUCCCCAGAAAUAGCCCAACCAAGCGAGUGGACGUCCCCACCACUCCUGGAGUCCCAAUGACUUCUCUGGAAAGACAAAGGGGUUAUCACAAAAAUUCCUCCCAGAGGCACUCUAUAUCUGCAAUGCCUAAAAACUUAAACUCACCAAAUGGUGUUUUGUUAUCUAGACAGCCUAGUAUGAACCGUGGAGGGUACAUGCCCACCCCCACUGGGGCAAAGGUGGACUAUAUUCAGGGAACACCAGUGAGUGUUCAUCUGCAACCUUCCCUCUCCAGACAGAGCAGUUAUACCAGUAAUGGCACCCUUCCUAGGACGGGACUAAAGAGGACACCGUCCUUAAAACCUGAUGUGCCACCAAAGCCUUCCUUUGUUCCUCAAACCACGUCUGUCAGACCACUGAACAAAUACACUUACUAGGCCUCAAGUGUGCUAUUCUCCGUGUGGCUUUAUCCUGUCCAUGUUGUUGAGAGGAUGAUGUUGUAAGGGUACCUUAAGAUAAGAGACUCCCUUGUAUUUUAAGAGAACCAAGUGGCCAAAGAAACUUAUUUCUAACUUUGGCAACAUCAGAACUUGCCACAUGUAGCUACUACAGCAAAGCUUCUGUGUACUUGCGGGAAAACAAAGGAAGGUGCUGGUCAUUCCAUUUCUUUUGUUUGAAGCUAAAGAGAUGUGUAGCUCCCAGGGGCUACCUUACCAGCAGAGAAAGCUGAUACAGUACUCAGAAGAAUCUGUGAGCAAAUACUUGAAAAUGGGUUCAACUUAGACUACCGUUAUGUGUGGUCUUCCCAUUAAAUGUGAACAUUUUAAUUGUAUGCAUUCACCUUGCCUCUUGCACAAAUGUCAAAAAACAAUGGUAAUGUCUCAAAGAAAUGAACUUGUAGAUUACCAAACGAUUUGCUAAAAAUUCAUUCUUUGACCCAAACUGUAGCAUUUUUUUCAAGUGUGGCAUUCUUUUCAUGCCACCAGUGAACUGUGGUGCGUGUGCGUGUGUGUGCGUGUGUGUGUGUGCAUAUGUGUGUGUGAGUGUGUGUGUGUUCUCUACCCACUAGGAUUUGUUUUGGUGCCCAUUGCAUCUUUUUGUGCUAUGGACUUGUUUACAUUGAGCAUGACUGAACAAGAGACAAUAACUUCUUCCCACAGCAGUCCAUUGGGCUCAGCUUUGAGAAAAGAAACAAAUAAAAUCAAGGCUGAUUUGACCAUCAAAAUGAUUCACUUGACUCACAUGGUCCCCAAUGCCAGAAUGUAAGAGUUCUAAGUAAUUUUGUGCUGCUAUUCAUUAAAACUUCUAUUACAGUCUUGCUAGCUUAAGGAGAUAGAGAUGUUAAGAGGUAUCCUUGAUUUAUCCACCAGUAUUCAGUAGUAAAAUUUACCUGUCCACUGUGAAUCCAAACCUGACUCACUGUAUUUAACCUUGGACACACUAAUAAGGUUUUAUUUUGAUGUUGUUUAGUUUCUCCUGUGUAGUAUAAUUUAUCUCCCUUUAACUCCUCCUACCCCCAAGAUAAAAGAACAAAACAAAACAGAAGACAAAAGAAGGAGAUGGGAAAGGGUUUCUAAUUGGCCUAACAGAGAGAGUCUCAAAACCGAACAGUGGUGCAAUCAUGUUGUCUAUGUUGUGUUAUAUGAGAAUUUUCUUUUAAGUCAUGCAGGUAAUGACAAUAUACUGUAAAUAUUACAUGUGAGUUUACCUGAAUCUGUGCAUUUUGUGCCUUAUUCAUGAGAAUAAUAGAAGUACUAAAAUAUGUCAAGUGUUUUCAGUAUAGCACAUCAUUUACCGAGUGCCAGUUGUAAAUGUUUUUCAACCAGCACCUGAAAAGACUUUUAAAAAAUCGUGAAAACAACCUAGAACGAUUAAUUGUCCAACAAUCCACCCAAAUAGCAGCAUUACAUCCUUUGCCAUGAUAAACAUUCCACUCCUGCUUUCCUAAGGAUGAAACAGUGAUAAUGUGAAGUCAAAUGAGGUUUCUCGGGUAAUGUGACACCUGCGGGAACCGUAGAGUCAUUUAUUCGUAGUUUUGCAGAAGCUACUUACAGUUGAUGAUGUAUAACCCCGAUGACUGUUUCAGUUAAUAUGCUGCACACCACACCAUGGUUUAUUGAACCUAAUCUAGAAAGUACCAAGGCAGAGGAAUGCUCCUGACUUAGACAAGUAAGUUCAACUGAUUUCUUGUGAUAACACUGAUGGUCUGUAUCACUUGGGGGAGGAUGGGUUGCAGAAGACCAGAGCAUUUUUAUACAGAUUAUAGAAUACUGAUACAGUUAUUCUUUUCCUUUGAGAAUAUUGUUUUAUAAGGAACGUGAUUCCCUGAGAUCUCUGGAAACUCAAAAACUAGAAAGAACUUCUGUUCUUGAAACACGUCAGCUUUGCAACUAAAAUAUUGCAGAUUAAUAAUAAAUUAAACCAACCAACGAUAAACACUACUCAGCCCACCGCCAACAAACGUGUUUGAAUUCACCUUACCAAUAUUAAUCCCACCGUGUGGAAAAUGGAAUAGUAACUCUAUGUGAACCCGGAUAACAUUUUGUAACAUUGUGCUGCCUUGUAGUUUGUAAUGUGAGUUCUAUCGGUAUUUAUGUUGAUAUUUCUAACAUAAAAUCUAGUCUCUAUCCUGUUAAUUUAAUUUUUAAAUGCUUUAUCCAUUUGUGCAAAGGUAAACACAGAUUGUAUCUUUUUUAAUGGUACGGCAUAAAAAGUAACCCUAAAGUGAAGUGGCUCUAUACUGUUUUAUAGAGUACUUUAACAUGUAUAGAUAUCUUGUAAACUUGUAUUGUGGAUGUGUAAAUAAUAUGUACUUUGGGUUUUUAACACCGCAUGUAAAGUCAAAAUAAAAUAUACAAAUCAUUAUA